CUUUCAUCUUGUGUUUGCUAAUUGUUCUUGUAAGCAGUGAUUGCCUAGUAUUCUCCUCAAGUCUUAAACCAUAAAUCCAUUUUAAUCUUGCAGUUUGGAUUCCUCAGCUUAGAUGACUACAAUCAUCGAUUUGACGCAAGAUUGCACAGUAUUUGUGCAUGCAGAUGCAAUGGAAUCCACGUGUAAUGAUCUCCAUUCAUGUAAUCCCCAUCGUGAUGUGCUCUCAGAACUCUCCUCUAUUACUUCCACACAGAGUGAGGUGUUGGACACUGUAGAGCAGCAACCACAGCAGCUGAGGGUCUACCUAAGGGUGAGGCCUUUCUCCAAGGAUGAGCUGUCCAACAAUGAAGACCAGGGUUGUGUUGUGCUUGAGAACUCCCAGACUGUAGUGCUGAAUGCACCCAAAGGUUCUGCUACCAUGAAGAGCAGUGAGAAGGGCAUUGGUCAGGCGAUACACAAAUUCUCCUUCUCUCAGAUAUUUGGUCCUGAAACGAAGCAGGCAGAUCUUUUCGAAGCCACCAUGAAAAGCCAAGUUUGCGACUAUCUGGAAGGGAAGAAUGCACUGAUCUUUAGCUAUGGUGUGACCAAUGCAGGCAAAACUCACACAAUACAAGGAUCCCACAAAGACCCUGGGAUUCUUCCUAGGACAUUAGAUGUUAUUUUCCGACACAUCAAUGGGAGACAGUAUGAGAACAUGGAUCUGAAGCCGUACCUCGGAGGUGACGCCCAGUACCUAGGCCCUGAUCAGGUCAAACAGGAGAGAUGUACCAAAGCAACUGUAUUUGCUCUACUCAAAGAGGAGCAUGAACCGCCCCGGGUCAGUGGAGUAUCCUCCGACCUGUUCAGAGCCUCAACAGGGAGCCUCUCCUUCUCUGUCUCUUACGAUAACACCGAUAACACAGUUGAGUUUGUGAAUGCAUCAUCUGGCGAGCGGGAUCGGACUCAGUUUGCAAUGUGGGUGGCAUUCUAUGAGAUCUACAAUGAGAGCGUGUAUGACCUGCUUCAGGCACCGACCACCUCCAAGACCAAAAGACGCCCCGCCCUCCGUGUGUGUGAAGACAGUGUAGGCGACUCGUAUGUCAGAGAUCUAAAGUGGAUCAAUGUCCACAACUCUGAGGAGGCAUGCAAAAUUCUCAGAGUUGGAAAUAAAAAUCGAAGUGCUGCUUCUACUAAGCUGAACCAUUCAUCAAGCCGAAGCCACAGUAUAUUUACAAUGAAAUUACUAAGUAUUGAUGGAACCGAGGUUCAGAGAAUGUCAGAAUUCUCAUUGUGUGACCUGGCUGGCUCGGAAAGAUGCGGUAAAACCAAAACAUUUGGGGAACGGUUGAAGGAAGCUGGGAAUAUCAACAACUCUCUGCUCAUCCUAGGAAAGUGCAUUGCUGCCCUCCGCAAAAACCAGAGUGACAGGAUGAAAAAUAGUUACAUUCCAUUCAGGGAGAGCAAACUGACCCGUCUCUUCCAGUCCAUUUUCUGUGGAAAGGGCCGAGCCUCCAUGAUUGUCAACAUCAACCAGUGUGCAUCCACAUAUGAUGAAACUCUCCAUGUCAUGAAGUUCUCUGCUGUUGCCAAGCAGGUGAUCCAGGUGAUCCCGACCAAAUUACAAGAGUCUUUCACCCCGCGGUUGAUGGGGCGCGAUGGGAAGCCUUUGUUGAGAAAUGGGGUCAUUGAUGACGUGGCCCUAGAGAACUAUUUGUCUGAAGAAGAACUGUUGGAUGACGAGGAUGAAAAUGACAUGUCCAUUUUACCCCAAGAGGAUCUCCUGAAUGUGGUUGAGAAUCUCAGAACCAAGCUCCUGGCAGAGCGGCGAAAGAACUUAGUCCAGGAGAUUGAGAUCCGUAAGGAGAUGGGAGAUGCCAUGCUGCAGCAACUUAUGGAGAGUGAGGAGCUCCGGAAUCGUCAGGUUGCCAAGCUGAAGGACAGCUACCAAGAAAAGCUGGAGAACACAUUUGAUCUUUACAAAGAUGCCCUGAAGGACCACGCCUAUCAGCGGGCUCUGGAGCGUGUGGAAGAUGAUUAUGUACCACUUGAUGAGUUCAUUGCAGAGCAGGAGAAAGUAGAGGCACUAGAACAGAAGCUGUCUGAGAUGAAACAAAUAAUGUCAGGAUCUACAGUGGGUUCAUCUACAGUUCCAACCAAAGAUAAUUCAAGUCAGACAGAGAGCAUCUCCCCUGUGAAUGUGGACAAUGGGGUAACAGAUGCAGAGAGAUGCAAAAUCCUUUUAGAAGAAAAAAGUGCAUUGAAGAAACUCUGUGAACAGAAAGAAGAGUUGAUUGUGUUAUUGGAAAAAAAGUUUGUUAUUCUGAAUGAUACACUUCAAGAGGCUGGCGAGAGGUACCAUGAAAAAACGUCAGAAACAGAAACUUUGCAAAAGAGGCUAGCUGACCAGACACAGGAUCUGGAGAGGAUUGCCCAGGAUUGUAGAGAGAAGGACAAAGAACUGGUCUUGUUAAAGGAAGAGUUGGUCAAGUUAUCUCAGAAGUCCCCUAUCCUGUCUAAGCCCAAGCGAGGUUUCAUGGCUAACAUUAGGGACUCUGUGACAUCACCACGAACAAGCACCAUUGGCAGGACAUUGAGAAAGUCUGUCAGGACUGAACCCCUGCUUAAAAAGAAGCCCUUCCACUAGAUGUUUGUCCCUCGGUUUUACAAUGUUUUUAUUUCUGUACUUGUUCAUGUUUUCUUAUGCUUAAAUAAAGUAUUACUAUAAGUACUGUC